CCCGGCGCGUGGGAGGGGACGGCGCGCCAUUGGCUCGCGCGCCGAUCCAAGAGGAGGGACCAGCGCGGGCCGCCAGACUCGGCUAAAGGCCGGCGGCGCGGGGCGCGCAGUCCAGCCGGACCUGCCCUGCCCUGCCCUGCUUGGCCCCAGCCCGGCGCGGGCGGCGCGAUGUGAGACCCUCAGCUCCGCACAGCACGUAGCCGGAGCACCCUCUGAAGGUGAGGACCAGGGUUCUGCUCAUCUCUGCGUCUUCGGUGCCAAGCACAGCCCCCUAUAUACACGUUCCCCAGGUGGGGUUCCACGACAAGAUGGCGGCCAAGCAGCCCCCACCGCUGAUGAAGAAGCACAGCCAGACGGACCUGGUGAGCCGCCUCAAGACGCGCAAGGUGCUGGGCGUGGGCGGCGAGGACGACGACGGGGAAGUGCACCGCUCCAAGAUCAGCCAGGUCCUGGGCAAUGAAAUCAAGUUUGCUGUUCGGGAGCCGCUGGGGCUCAGGGUCUGGCAGUUUGUCUCAGCUGUGCUGUUCUCCGGCAUCGCCAUCAUGGCCCUCGCCUUCCCUGACCAGCUCUACGAUGCUGUCUUUGAUGGAGCUGAGGUGACAAGCAAGACUCCCAUCCGACUCUACGGUGGCGCCCUCCUCAGCAUCUCCCUGAUCAUGUGGAACGCCCUCUACACGGCCGAGAAGGUCAUCAUUCGCUGGACCCUGCUCACUGAAGCCUGCUACUUUGGGGUCCAGUUUUUGGUGGUCACUGCCACGCUGGCCGAGACGGGCCUCAUGUCCCUGGGGAUCCUGCUGCUCCUGGCCAGCCGCCUGGUUUUUGUCGCCAUCAGCGUGUACUACUAUUACCAAGUCGGCCGGAAGCCCAAGAAAGUGUAGCCAACCAGUUGCAGGGCUGGCGGGGGAGGAGGAGGUGCCGGGGGAGGGGGCAGGCCUGCCUAGGCCUGAGGCCCGGCUGGUUCUGAGGUUUCUGGGAGGCAGGAGGGCCCCUCCCCGUGCUGCCCCAGCUCCACUGCUGGCGGGAGGCCUGCACCUUCCCCUCCUCCCGGGUGUCCUACUCUCCCGGCCUUUCUGGUUUGAGAUGCUGCCGUGAGGAAAUGCAGGCCUUUGCACCUGCUUCUCACCCCACUCCCGGACACCUCUGCGUGGGACUCUUGCAUCCAAAGCCUGGGAUCCGUGGACCGAGUCGGGGCCAGGAAGCUGCCUAUGUGUGAGGCUGGGGGCCACAGCCUGCUGCUUUUCCAGCGCCAACUCUCCCUCCCCCCACAGAUCAGCCUGGCGCCCAAGCAGCUGAACUUGGUUUCUGUCUUCUGCCUGGGACCCCCUGAGACCUUGACCCUGGGCCCUCACCCCUCAUUUGGGGCCCUUUCCACCCCAUCCCUUGUCCCUCUGCUCCUGAAUACACAUAUAUACCUACACAGGUCACGUAUACACACACUGGCCACGCACACAAAUGUGCCGUCUCCCACUGCCCAGUAUGGCUUGAUGGGCAGUGAUUGUAGGUGGAACUGGCACUUCCCUUUCAUACCCAGUGGCCCCCGCUGCAGCCUUGCUAUAGGGUAGUUGGUGUCCACCCCAGGGCCUGGGGAAUGCCAUCUUUAGUCUGCCUGGGCUAGGUCAGUCCACAGCCUCACGCAUAGGCCCCCGAAAGAUGGACACAGGUACUGCCACAUGGAGGCCACGUGGGAGUGACAGGGGUUGGAGGUGGAGGAGCAAAGCCAAGCCGGGCUGUCCUCCUGGCCUGCUGUCCCUGGCCCAGUGCCUCCCCCUGACCGGGUACUGCCCUCUGGACUGGCAGCUUGGCCCAAGAUGACUGUGCAGAGAAGUUGGGUGGAAGUUCCCUUGCUCCCAACCACUCCUGGGAAAGGGUGGUGGGCCCCCUUGCAGCCUCAGAGCCCCUUGCUAGCCUUUGCCGCAGGCCCACCCACCUGUGCUGUGCACCCCCAGAGCCCUUGCCCUUUGCCACUAACACUGUAGGAAUGGUGACUCCCUGGACAGGCAGGCAUAGGUGAGGGGUCCAGGGUCCAGCCAGUUCUAGCAUCCAUGGGUCUGCCUG